CAAAUCCAGAGCUCGCGCGAUUGCAAUCGCGAAGCCAAUUGAGUUGCAGUUCCACAGCCACAGCCAGCUGCUGGUGAGUGGUGCGGCCCAACACAGGGAAACCGCAGCGACACAAAAUAUUCUUCUAAUUCCAAGCACACCGCUAUUCAAUUCUUAUCUUGCGACGCGACCCCCUCGGGCCUCGACCAAAAUCCCUGCUUCCUGGGUUUUCCUUUUCCGCUCCCUUCUUCUCUAUUUGGGUCUUCUCCAUACUCUCACACUCUUCCGCCAUCUCCCUCUAUUCGCCCUUCGCUCUCUGUUUUUGCGAAACCCUUUUCCGGACCCUGUAAAUUGUAAUUGCCCCCCACUCUUCCAUGGAGGAAGCCCUCCAACGGCCUAAUUUCGCCCGCUUCUAGUUGCCUUCUCUUUCACCCACAUUCCCUUUUGCAGAUUGGUCUGCAUUUUUCUACUUUAUUUCUGGAACACAGUUAUCAAAUUCAAUGGGUGGUACAUUCAAUGCACACAUUUUGGUGGACAAGCUAGCCAGGCUUAAUAACUCACAGGCGAGCAUAGAGACUUUAUCCCAUUGGUGUAUAUUUCACAUGAACAAAGCCAAGCAAGUUGUAGAAACAUGGGAUAAGCAGUUUCAUUGUGCUCCACGUGAACAAAGAUUAGCCUAUCUAUAUCUUGCAAAUGACAUUUUGCAAAACAGUAGGCGAAAAGGCUCAGAGUUUGUUGGUGAGUUUUGGAAAGUCCUUCCAGAUGCACUUCGUGAUGUAAUUGAGAAUGGGGAUGAUUUUGGACGAAAUGCGGCCCUACGACUGAUUGGAAUUUGGGAAGAGAGGAAAGUUUUUGGAUCUCGUGGGCAAAGUCUUAAGGAAGAGAUAAUGGGAAAGCACGUGGAAACUGGUAAUCGGAAUGGGAAGCAAUUCAGCGUUAAACUGAAACAAUCUACCAGCACAUCAUUGGAUAAAAUAGUUGCUGGUUACCAAGUUGUUUAUGGAACUGAGAUUGAUGAAGAUGUAGUAUUGAGCAAAUGCAGGAAUUCUAUUAGCUAUCUUGAGAAACUGGACAAAGAAAUUGGUGCUGAUGUUAAUUCAGGGCAAUACCAUGGAUCUUCAGUGUCAGAGGAUCUGCAGAGACAUCAUACCAUUUUGAGGGGCUGCAUCGAACAAUUAACAGCAAUUGAAUCAUCAAGGGCAAAUCUCGUGUCUCAUCUGAGAGAGGCUCUUCAAGAACAGGAAUUCAAAUUGGAUGAAGUCCGAAACCAACUUCAGGCUUCCCAUUCCCAGUCGGAACAAACUCAGAAUCUCAGCCGUCAGUUCUUAAAUGGUGAAAAUGUGCAACCCAUGGCUGAGGAAGCCUCAAAAGAUGCUCAGACCUCAAUAGCGCCACAUAGCCUUGUACCAAGGGAGAGAGAACAAUCAGCACCAGUUAUGUAUGCAGCCUCCUUACCUUUUCCUGCAAAACCUGGACCUAAUGAGGAAGAUCCUCGCAAGUCUGCUGCUGCUGCAGUGGCAGCGAAGCUAACGGCAUCAACGUCCUCGGUUCAGAUGCUCUCUUAUGUCCUCUCUUCCCUCGCAUCAGAGGGUGUGAUUGGAAAUCCAAUUAAAGAGUCAUCCAGUGAUUAUCCCUCUGAGAAGAGGCCCAAACUUGAAAAUGACCAGCCACCCUAUACAUUGCCUCCGAAUCCUCAGCGACCUCCGGUUUCUUCCUUCCCACACCCUGAGUCCCUCCAACAUAAUGCCUCGUCCACCAGUCAACAAUACACUCCGACUGACCCUCCACCUCCCCCAUCAUCAUCUCCACCGCCCAUGCCUCCAUUACCUCCUGUAGUGCAGUUCCCUCUGCCCCAGUUCACACAGAAUGCAGGAUCAGUAAGUAGCGUACCUUACAGUUACAGUCUGACACAACCACUGCAACCAUUAGCGAUGCCGGGCUAUCCAAAUGUAGGUACCCCAGUGACCGGGAUGUCUCCUUUUACGAUACCAACAAAUUCUUACCAGAAUUUUCAGGCUUCAGAUGGUAAUUUCUAUAAUCAGUCAUCAUCCAUGCCGAUGGCACCCAUGUCUAGGCAAUAGAGGUAUGUAAUACUAGUGCUACUUGAGCCGUGUUGUGCUAACAAAAUCUUUCAGAAAGUGGUGCAUCCCAUUAAGGCGCUACGAGGAAAUCUUGCAUCCUUGUAUACCCCUUAAGCUCUGACGACUUAACUUAAUGGAUUUUGUACACUUUAGUAAUAGUUUGUAAUUUAUCUCUGAACGAUAUUUCAUCUAGUUGAAUGGAGCAGUAUGAUGAUUAUGUUGACUUGAUAGAAUUUUGCACAUAGUUAGAGUUUGUAAUUUAUCUUCAUUUUUCAAUGUAAUGCUUAUACGCUGGAACAGAACUUCAUCUGGUUGAAUGAUGUAUGAUUGUUUAUAUU